ACAAAGCUUCUUAUGUCUAAGAAGACAUCCAAUCUUAUUGACCAAGCGAUCUUUCGCAACCUAAGUGAUGGACUUUAUGAAAAGCGAAAACUGGGUGCGCUGGAGAUACAGCAGACUAUUAGAGACUAUAAUAAAGCCGAGAGCGGAGACAAAAUUAUCAAAAUACUCGUGCAUUUGCGAGAGAAGUUCAUAGAGUCAAGUUCCGCAAACUCAAGGAAGGGUGGCUUGAUGGCCUUAGCAACCUCAGCACUAGCAUUGGAAGAAGAUGUCAAUAAAUACCUCGCACAUUUAAUACCGCCAAUUCUACGAUGCCUAGUCGACGCGGACAAUAAAGUUCGAUACUAUGCGUGUGAAUCUCUUUACAAUAUUGCCAAGGUGACAGGUGCCGGCGUUUUUUGUUUUUUCAAUGAGAUUUUUGACAACCUCUGCAAGCUCGCCGCUGAUCCCGAUUCUAGUGUACGAGAUGCGGCAGAUCUACUGGACAAUCUCAUUAAGGAUUUGGUGAUUGCGGACAGCACAAUUUUAGACAUGGAUUAUUUUAUACCGCUGCUCAGUAAAAGAAUUCAUGUCACCAAUCAAGCUUGCAGAAAAUUUUUGAUUUCUUGGAUCAUCAUUCUGGAUUCUGUACCAGGAAUAGAAUUAGUAAAAUAUUUACCCCAAUUUUUGAAUAAUCUGUUCAAAAUAUUGAAUGAUCCAGCCGAGGAAGUAGGCACGAACGCGUUCUCUUGUUUGUCUGAACUACUACAAGAACUGAAGCAAAGUCCUCUAAAGGUCAACAUAGGCGAUAUUGUGGAUAUUCUGUGCCCAUACUGUGAUUUAUCUGAUCAAAAUGGCAUUUUGUCUACGCAACUCGCUUUUGUGUGGUUUUCAGAAAUUAUUGCAGCUCACCAAGAAGCCGUUUUACCGUUUGCAUCUAGAAUUCUUCAUUGCGUUUUGACCUGUAUAUCGCAUAGCUCAGACAAAGUAAGGGAGAUCACUCAAUCUAUCAAUGAAUUUCUCUUCUUGAUGGUAGAAACACGCGACGAUGUCAAUGUAAAGAGCAUUUUAGACGUUGUGAUGCGAUUAUUGACUUCGAAACAGCAAGUGCCUACUCUCAUAGCUAGUUUAAAAUGGAUGCAAUUACUCCAAACCAGAGCCAUGCCAGAAUUGAUGAACCAAUUUCAGGAACUGUUUUCAGUACUGUUGAAUAUGAUUAGUGACCCUACAGAGGAUAUUGUCAAACUGAGCCUUCAAGUACUUGCCAAACUCUCGACAAACAAUGCCCACUUUGAUCGACUGAUAAAUUGCUUGGUAGAUCUGUUUAGGUCGGACCCCGAAUUGCUCCAUCUACGAGGAAAUUUUAUUAUCAAACAAAUGUCGCACAACAUUCCUCCAGAAAAAAUUUAUAGAACUCUAUCAAAAGUGCUGGAAACAGAUUCAGAUUUGGAAUUUGCAUCGAAUGUUGUUCAAAAGCUUAAUCUAAAUUUACUAACGGGUGCAGAAUUGCACGGUGUCAGAGCAUCUUUAAAAAGUCUAUCUCCAGAAGGGGAAUGUUUGUUUAGUUGUUUAUAUAAAUCAUGGUCCCAUAACCCAAUAUGUUUGUUCAGCCUGUGCCUUCUAGCCCAGGUCUAUAAGCAUGCUUUCGAUUUGAUUUUAAACUUUUCCAGCCUCGAAAUUACAGUGGAUUUUCUAGUGGAAAUUGAUAAGUUGAUUCAGCUAUUGGAGUCUCCAGUUUUUAUGUAUUUGAGGUUGCAGCUACUUGAGCCAGACAAGUACCCUUACCUUUUUAAAGCUUUGUUUGGCCUGCUCAUGUUGCUUCCUCAGAGCAAUACAUUCAAUACAUUGAAAAAUCGUUUAAUGCUUGCAACAUCCCUAAAUACGAUAGUUCCAAAAUCAGAUGACAUCUCGUCAAAGUCAACAGGUAAUAUCGAUUUUGAUGGUCUCUUAGCUCACUUUUAUCAAGUACAGGCGAAGCAUUCAAUACAAUUGAGGCAAAGGAGGAUAUUGUCAAAACAGAAUCAGGAUGCUCAGCAGGUAGCGGGAAAUGAAUUCCCUAUCAAACAACGUGAUGUACCCUACACUACAUCACUGUAGAGUCAGAGUUUUGUUCAUUGCGUAAGUUACGCAACCGCUUUUUUAUCAGUUGGAUUUGUUUUUGCCUCGUCUGAGCGUAGAAUAUCGCAGUGGUAAAUGAUCAUACAAGCCUGUCAACACAUCACCAAGGUCUUUAUUUUUUGCGACGCACGAAUAGCGCAGGUUUUCUAGGCGAAUGAUGUAGACCGGUGCAUCAAAUUUUGAGCAAUUCAGUUGCUUGGUGUUUGACAAAAUGUGGUGGUUUGUUGUUUUGGGUACAGGAUUUACAAUUUCAGCCAUGAUGCUUUCAUUGGUCAUUUCUGAAUACGAACCGCAAGAAUGUAUUCAGUUACGUUUUGGCAAAGCACUAGUUUCCGUGAGCGCUCUAGCAGGAUGAAGAUAUACAGACAACAUAAUUCUUUUUUCUCUAAUAGACCUUACAAAGACUGAAUUCGAUGUUGCAGUUGUGGCCAUUAUAGAUAUAGCUGUACCGAAGAUGAUCUGAUUUAGCUGCGUAA